GGCGGGGCGGGGCCUCAGCAGGGCGGGCCGGGGCUGGCGCCAUCCUACCCUCCUGCCCCCUGACUCCAACCCGGAACUAGCCGAGGCUCCCUGGGGAAGGCCUUGGCUCCCGGCUGGGAGUGGGAACCUGGCCUGUGAGUGCUGGCCCCCGGGGCCGAGUCGCGGGCAAGGGGCACCCUUCUAGCCCCCAAAGGGCUCCAGGCCAGGUAGGCGCUCGGUGGGAGGUGGCAGUCUGGAAGUUGCCGGCGCCCACCGCCGGCUGGACCAUGGCUCCCCCGCGGAACGUGGUGAAGAUUGCUGUCCAGAUGCGCGACGCCAUCCCGCAGCUCAUCCAGCUGGACCAGGCGAAGCCCCUGGCCACUGUGCUGAAGGAGCUGUGCGACGCGUGGAGCCUGACUCACUCCGAGCGCUUUGCCCUGCAGUUUGCUGAUGGGCACAGGAGAUACAUCACCGAGAAUAAUCGGGCGGAAAUCAAGAAUGGCAGCAUCUUAUGUCUCAGCACUGCCCCAGACCUGAAGGCUGAGCAACUGUUGAGAGAACUGCAGAGUUCCAGUCGUGAAGGGCGCCAAGAAGCUCUAAAGCACCUCGUCCUGCUGGCCUCAGACAUGACCUUUGCCCAGGAAGUCAUCAGCCGUGAUGGGCUUCAGAGACUGGGGACCAUCAUUGAGGAUGGGGACGACCUAGGUGAGGUGCUGGCUCUUGGGCUGAGGGCCUUUUUGGAGCUCAUGGAACAUGGCGUGGUAUCCUGGGAGACACUCAGCAUCCCCUUUGUGAGGAAGGUAGUGUCCUAUGUGAACAUGAACCUGAUGGAUGCUUCUGUGCCACCCCUGGCCCUUGGGUUGCUGGAAAGUGUGACCUUGAGCAGCCCUGCUAUGGGCCAGCUGGUGAAGAGUGAGGUGCCACUGGAUAGGCUGCUGGUUCACCUGCAGGUGAUGAACCAACAGCUGCAAACCAAGGCCAUGGCACUGCUGACAGCCUUGCUGCAGGGAGCCAACCCUGUUGAACGUAAGCAAAUGCUUGAUUACCUAUGGCAGAGGAACCUUCGCCAGUUCAUCUACAAGCGUAUCAUUCAUAGUGCAGCACCGCUGGGCGAUGAGAUGGCUCAUCACUUGUAUGUGCUACAGGCCCUUACACUGGGGCUGCUGGAGCCACGCAUGCGGACGCCACUCGACCCCUACAGUCAGGAACAGCGGGAGCAGCUGCAGGCCCUGCGCCAGGCUGCCUUUGAGCCAGAGGGGGAAUCUCUGAGCACUGGGCUGAGUGCAGACCGCCGCCGUUCCCUCUGUGCCCGAGAAUUUCGCAAACUGGGCUUCUCUAACAGCAACCCAGCCCAGGACCUGGAGCGCGUGCCCCCUGGCCUCCUGGCCCUGGACAACAUGCUCUACUUCUCCAGACACGCCCCUAGUGCAUACAGCCGGUUCGUGUUGGAGAACAGCAGCCGGGAGGAUAAGCACGAGUGCCCCUUUGCCCGGAGCAGCAUCCAGCUGACGGUGCUGCUGUGUGAGCUGCUCCAUGUUGGGGAGCCUUGCUCCGAAACGGCCCAGGACUUCUCUCCCAUGUUCUUCAGCCAAGACCAGAGCUUCCAUGAGCUCUUCUGCGUGUCCAUCCAGCUGCUGAAUAAGACCUGGAAGGAGAUGCGGGCGACACAGGAGGAUUUUGACAAGGUCAUGCAGGUGGUACGGGAGCAGUUGGCCCGCACACUGGCCCUGAAGCCCACAUCCCUAGAGCUUUUCCGAACCAAGGUGAACACGCUCACCUAUGGGGAGGUGCUGCGGCUGCGGCAGACGGAACGGCUGCACCAGGAGGGCACCCUCGCCCCUCCCAUACUGGAGCUGCGGGAGAAGCUGAAGCCAGAGCUCCUGGGCCUGAUCCGCCAGCAACGCCUGCUCCGCCUCUGCGAAGGGACGUUCUUCCGCAAGAUCAGCAGCCGGAGGCGCCAGGACAAGCUGUGGUUCUGCUGCCUGUCACCCAACCACAAAGUGCUGCAGUAUGGAGAUGUGGAGGAGGGCGACAACCCCCCUGCCCCAGAAAGCCUGCCAGAACAGGUCACUGUAGCUGACAUCAGGGCACUCCUAACUGGCAAGGACUGCCCCCAUGUCCGGGAGAAGGGCUCUGGGAAGCAGAACAAGGACCUCUGUGAGUUGGCAUUCUCCAUCAGCUAUGAUCAUGGGGAGGAAGAGGCGUACCUCAACUUCAUUGCUCCCUCUAAGCGGGAUUUCCAUUUGUGGACAGAUGGGUUGUGUGCCCUGCUGGGGAGCCCCAUGGGCAGCGAGCAAACCCGGCUGGACCUGGAGCAGCUGCUGACCAUGGAGACCAAGCUGCGGUUGUUAGAGCUGGAGAACAUACCCAUCCCCGAGCAGCCACCUCCUGUGCCUCCACCCCCCACCAACUUCAACUUCUGCUAUGACUGCAGCAUCGCUGAACCUUGACAGUGAGGUUGACCAAGGGCCACACAGUUGCUGCCACUGCAGCAACCACAAAGAGGGCAGAGCAGCAUGGGGCCCCUAACCAGCAGAAAUAAAGUGUAUCAAGCAAGCACUGAA